AUGCCGCUGGAAAGCUUGGCUCGCAUCAUCAAAGUGCAGCUGCCUGCCUACCUCAAGCGCCUGCCCUUGCCCGAGAGCAUCAGCGGCUUCAUCAGGCUGACAGAUUUCAACCUGAAGAUGACACCAGCCAUGGAAGAACUUCAGACCCAAUGGUUAAAAUUUGCUGAAGUUAUAAUUUCAGAAUGGCUGCGGUUAUUGCCAUUCCUGGGUGUCCUGGCACUACUUGGAUACCUGGCUCUUCGUCCAUUCCUCCCCAAGAAGAAACAGCAGAAGGAUAGCUUGAUUAACCUCAAGAUCCAGAAGGAAAAUCCCAAAGUAGUAAACGAAAUAAACAUUGAAGAUCUGUGCCUCACUAAAGCAGCUUACUGCAGGUGUUGGCGUUCUAAGACG